GGUUUUGCCGUCAAACCAUUCCCUGAACUCUCCUUCCCCGUGAGAGGCCCAUCCCUGGUGCCUGUGGUGGUUGUGGCAGUGGGAGGUGCAGGGUUUGGAUGAGUUUCCUGUCGUGGAGCAAAGUGAGGACAGAGCAAAACUUCACCCAGCCUGGGCUUUAGAGCCUCCCAGCUGUGGAACAGAGGAAGAGCCAGUCAGCCUGUGACCAAGAUCCUGAGACACUUCAGGCACCUGGAGGAUCUGUGUAACCACAGCCCACUUCUGGUUCACCUUCAGGAGCUCCAUAAAUCCCAGCCCUUUUCCUGUGGCUGUUGGUUGCCCAGUGCAGGAGGAACGAUGGGCAGUUGAUUGGCUUGGGUCCCCACAAUCCCAAGAAGAAGCAGGACCUGGACAAGCUUUAUGACCUAAAAUCUAAAGCCCAGCAGAUUAUGAACCAGUUUGGCCCUUCUACCUUGAUCAACCUCUCCAACUUCUCCUCCAUCAAGCCAGAGCCAGCCAGCACCCCCCCCCAGAGCUCCAUGGCCAACAGCACCACCGUGGCCAAGAUGCCUGGAACACCCAGUGGAGGGGGCAGGCUCAGCCCUGAGAGCAACCAGGUUUUAACCAAGAAGAAAUUGCAGGACCUGGUGCGUGAGGUGGAUCCCAACGAGCAGCUGGAUGAAGAUGUGGAGGAGAUGCUGCUGCAGAUCGCUGAUGACUUCAUCGAGAGCGUGGUCACCGCCGCCUGCCAGCUCGCGCGGCACCGCAAGUCCAACACCCUGGAGGUCAAAGACGUCCAGUUGCACCUUGAGCGCCAGUGGAACAUGUGGAUCCCGGGCUUUGGUUCUGAAGAAAUCAGGCCCUACAAAAAAGCCUGCACUACAGAAGCUCACAAACAGAGGAUGGCACUGAUCCGCAAAACCACCAAGAAAUAGCCCCUGGGCAGAGCUGGGAGACGCCGCCAGUGCAGUUUGGGAUAUUUUGCCUCUCCACUGAAGCCUCCACGAUGUCACCCGUGGGAUGUUUUUUUUUUAGUGCUUUACAGAGAAGCAUCUAUUUUUUAUUAACGGUGCAGCAAUAUCUUGACUCUACGAGGAGAUCUGCCAAAAACACUCUCUGCCCCUUUCCUUGUUCCUCCUCAGAGCGCGACGUAUCUCAAGGAGAGACUUUUAUUUGUGACUUGAAAGUGGUUUCUCGUGCAAGUGAUCGAUUACCCAAGGGACAGAGCAUUUGGUCGUGUGUGGGACAGUAUUAGAAGCAUCUGUAGAGGUUUUUGUUUCCUCCUUCCUGCUCCAGUACUUUGUAAUGUCAGUGUUUAUAUAAAUACUUGCGUUUGUUUUACAUGAAUAAAGAAAUUAUUAAUCUAA